UGUUCAUCUUUUCAUUCGUUAAACAUCAUCAGCUCGUAAACAAGUAAACUCCGCGCAAAUUUUUUCUGUUUUGGCAGUUUUAGUUUAGUUAUGGGAAAAGUUAAAUAAUAGUUUUUAUAAUUAAUAGCAGUUAAAAGUAAAAUAUUGCAGCACAAGAUACCGAAUUUACGAAAAAAAUACACAAAUAACCAUAAAAAGUACCUUCAAAAAAAAUAUACAGCCGAAAAGCGCAGACGUAAACGACGCCCAAUAAAAAAAAAAAUUGGGCAGAUUAAAAGAAAUUAUCCGAAAAAGGAGCAAAACCAAAAAAAAAUCAAUUGAAAUUGAAAAUUAAAAGUGUAUUGUUCAAGUGAUUUCUGAAGUGAAACAGUUCAGUGUAGUGCAUUUAUCCACAAUUUACAAAGUUUUUUUUUGUUUUGUAUCAAUUGAACAAAAUCUAAAACCAGAAAAAUGGGCUGCGCCGUAAGUACAGCGCGAGAUAAGGAGGCUAUUGAGCGUUCAAAAAGCAUCGAUCGUGCAUUGAGGGAAGAAGGUGAACGUGCCGCUUCGGAGGUGAAAUUGCUGCUUUUGGGAGCUGGCGAAUCUGGCAAAUCAACCAUUGUGAAACAAAUGAAAAUCAUCCAUGAUGCCGGCUACUCACAGGAAGAAUGCGAAGAAUAUCGUCGCGUUGUCUACAGCAAUACCAUACAGUCACUAAUGGCCAUCAUUCGUGCCAUGGGUCAUUUGAAAAUCGAUUUUGCCGAUCCCUCGAAGACGGAAAUAGCCCGCCAAUUCUUUACAUAUGCCUCGGCGGCGGAAGAAGGCAUACUGCUUCCGGAAUUGGUAUUACUCAUGAAGAAACUAUGGUCCGAUGCGGGUGUACAACAGUCGUUCUCACGUUCGCGAGAAUAUCAAUUAAACGAUUCAGCUGCAUUUUAUCUCAAUUCACUGGAUCGUAUAUCACAGCCAAAUUAUGUGCCCACACAGCAGGAUGUGUUGCGCACGCGCGUCAAAACCACAGGAAUUGUGGAAACACAUUUCAAAUGUAAAGGUUUAUAUUUCAAAAUGUUUGAUGUUGGCGGUCAACGAUCGGAACGUAAAAAGUGGAUACAUUGUUUUGAGUGUGUGACAGCAAUUAUCUUUUGUGUAGCAUUAUCGGGCUACGAUUUAGUAUUAGCUGAAGACGAAGAAAUGAACCGUAUGAUUGAAUCUUUGAAACUUUUCGAUUCCAUAUGUAAUUCCAAAUGGUUUGUGGAAACCUCAAUAAUCCUAUUUUUGAACAAAAAAGAUUUGUUUGAAGAAAAAAUCAAAAGAUCUCCCCUGACAAUAUGUUUUCCAGAAUAUUCGGGUCCCAAUACAUAUGAAGAUGCUGCUUGUUAUAUUCGAAUGAAAUUCGAAAGUCUAAAUAAACGUAAAGAUCAAAAAGAAAUUUAUACACAUUUUACCUGUGCCACUGAUACAAAUAAUGUACAAUUUGUAUUCGAUGCCGUCACCGAUGUCAUAAUUAAAAACAAUCUCAAAGAUUGUGGUUUAUUCUAGAUAUAUUUUUAUUUUCUAAAUAUAUAUAUAUAUAAUAAAUAAUACUAUAUGUAUGUCUAUGUAUGUAAUUUAAUGAUGAGAAACUAAGAAGAAAAAAUUAUGUUUAGAAUUAUUUUAUGAUUUCUCACUCAUGCAAUCAGUCAUUCCGUAUUCGAGACGACCAAGAAGAAGAUGAAGUAGAAGAGAAGAAAGAAAUUCAGCAGCAGUAGCAGCAGUUAAAAAACAUUUGCUUUGUUGAAUGGCUGGCUGGCUGGCUUAUCCAUGUCUAUAUACUCCUACUCAAUUGCUGCCUCAUAUUCAUCAUUAGCUUCAAUGAUGCUCUUAGGGCAAAAAAAAUCCACAACAAACAUUUCCAUUUAUUUAAGGAAUUCCCUGAACCCAUAGAUACUAACUGCAUCAAUGAUGACAAUGAUUGAAGUUUGAAAAUAAAAAAAUGCAAAGUUUUAUGAGUAGUUUAGUGUACUACUUACCCCAUGUUGGCCUUAUUUUUGCACUAUUAUAAAGCUAUGGAAAUGAAUUCUAUUGACUAAAGGCCUACAUAUGUCUUUAAAUAUAUCCUUAUAAGUAUUCCUAUGGAAGGCAUUGCUGGUUUUCAGUUAAUUAAGACCAUCUCAAAGGCGCCCCGGUAGCUGAGUUAGUAGCGUGCUCCGUUUCCCAGUGCGGCGGCCGUGGGUUCGAUUCCCACCAUUUUUAGCUUUGGGCCGUCGCUACUGUGUCCGUAAAAGACUGCAACUCUUACCUAACCUUAGACCAUGGCAAGCUUUGGUUAGUUACAAAAACAAAACGUUAGCAUUUUUCAUGUCUUGCGCUAAAUUUAUUUGGUCUUUGGAAAUAAUUCAUACAAUCGGAUAUUGUCCGGCUGCAGACUAUAGGGCAAUCUGUUUCUAUUAUAAAUAGAACACAAAAAACACCGUAUUUUUUUAAAUAAGGCAGAAAAAAGUGUUUUUUGCUUUGUAAUAACAUUUGACUGAUUUCCCAGAUCGCGAUUUCGUUUGGAACCAUCCAAACUCGUCGGUAGGAUUUGUCAAAAAGGCAAGUGGGCCAGUUUGUUUGAUUGUAAUAGUUGGAUGUCUCAUUUGGUAGAAACAUAUGAAACAUUUCUUGCUGCGCUACAAAUGAAAAUAAUCUUAAGAGCAUAGUUUCAACCUAGAAGACAUGCCUUUUUGACAAAACCUACCGACGAGUUUGAGUGAUUCCAAACGAAAUCUCGAUCUAGGAAACCAGUCAAAUUCUAUUACAA